GAGCGCCGCCGUAGCCACAAAUGGUAGGAUACGUAACGAGGACAUUUGCAGCUCUGGAAUACUCCCUGCUAGGAGACGAAUAAUGCAGGAGAACAGAGCCUGAGCUGGACAUUACUGGGAUGCUCCGUGUGGAUUCAUGUUGAUCUUUUCUUUUUGCAAUCUGAGUAGAGCAGCGGCUCGUGUCAGGACGCUGGCAGCUCAACUCAGCAAAGCCACCAUGUCCAGCAACCACCAGAGCUCCAGUUCGUCCUCUGCAGCCAACGGAGAUGCUCCCACUGCAGCCAUCCUCAUCAUUGGAGAUGAGAUCCUCAAGGGCCACACUCUGGACACCAACAGCGCCUUCCUGACGCGAGCUCUGAGGAAGCUCGGCGUGUCAGUGCAGCGGAUAACGGUCGUGCCGGACGUGCAGGAGGUCAUCGCCAAAGAGGUGGCGCUCCUCUCCCCCCGGUACACUCACCUCAUCACGUCCGGAGGCAUAGGCCCCACCCACGACGACGUCACCUUCGAGAGCGUCGCCAUGGCGUUCCAGGAGGAGCUGCACCCGCAUCCGGAUCUCUCGCGGCUGGUGGAGGAGUUCUUCGGGGCGGUGGACAAAAGCAGCGCCGCCAUGAAGCUGGCGAUGGUGCCGCGCUCGGCCAAACUCAACUACGGAACCGACCCUCAGACGGGGCAGCUGAUGCGCUACCCACUGGUCAGUGUACAUAAUGUUUAUAUCUUUCCCGGGGUCCCGUCGUUGAUGGAGAGAGCGUUCAGCGGGCUGGAGCACCUCUUUGCCGCUUCAGGGACCACGUUUCACACUCGCGAGGUGUUUGUGGACGCAGACGAAGCGGACAUCGCGCCAGUGCUGACCAAACUGCAGGCCAACUGGGGCCGGAAGGUGGCGUUGGGCUCCUACCCUGACUGGCUGAGCAACUACCACAGAGUCCGGCUGGUCCUGGACUCGGACAGCCAGGAGGAGGUGGACAAAGCCCGAGCGCAGCUGCUGGAGGAGCUGCCCAAAGGAAGCAUGGUGCCAUUAGUGACCGACCCGGUGUCCAUCGCCACGGCGGAGGUUUACACGCUGGCCAACAGCGGCACAGCGCUGGGUGAGAAAGUCACGUCUGCGCUGAAGACAAUAGAGGCUGCGCUGGAUCAGUAUUCAACGGAGCAGGUCUGCGUCGGCUUCAACGGCGGCAAAGACUGCACGGCGCUGCUCCAUCUCUACUUCGCCGCGCUGAAACGGCGUUAUCCAGACGGUAAAGACAAGGUGAAAGCUCUGUAUAUUCGUAUCGUCUCUCCGUUCCCAGAAAUGGAGAGAUUCCUGCAGGACACGAUAAAAAGGUACGACCUGGAGCUGUUCUCUGUGGAGGGCAGCAUUCGGCAGGCGCUGAACGAGGUGCAGGAGAGGAGGCCGGAGCUGAGGGCCGUCCUGAUGGGCACCAGGAGGAGCGACCCCUACUCCCACACCCUGACCCCCAUGUGUCCCACCGACCCAGGCUGGCCGGACUACAUGAGAGUCAACCCGCUACUAGACUGGACGUAUCACGACAUCUGGUCCUUCCUGAGGACGCUCUACGUGCCCUACUGCAUCCUCUACGAUAAAGGCUACACGUCGCUGGGCAGCAUGGACAACACCUGUCGGAACGCCGCCCUCCAGAUGGUGGAUCCCAGAGGGGUGACGCGCUACAGACCGGCCUACCUGCUGGAGAACGAGGACGAGGAGCGGAACUCGCGGGCCUGACUCCCUUCACCGGUCGCUCACCGAGGCGCUUCAUCCGUUAACUCGUGACAAGGACGUUUGUUUGUUUUAUUUUUCCUGUGAAAACUCAGAAUGACUCUGCAAAGAAGGUUUGUUACUGUGAGUCUGAGGUCCUGCUCUCUGCGUGCUGUUUAAUAAAACGUCUCUCUGUCGUC